AUGUGUUGCAGCAGCGCCACGACGACUAGAACCACCUCCAUUCUAUUCUGGCGAUCGCCUCUGGCCUGCGCUGCGGCUGCGGGCAAGUGCGGGCAGCGUCAUUGUCUACAUCAUCAUCAUCAAACUGAGGUAGUUAUUGGUGUUUUCUGUAACACAGCCAUAGAGAAUGCGGGUGCCGACAAAGAGCUUGCCAGCAUCAAGCAAGUGUACACCAAGUCCAAUCAGGUCUCUACCUUGAAGAAGAUCUUCUAUGAAAUCGACUCGAGCGGAUCCGAUGAGGUUAGUAUCGAGGACCUGGAGGAAGCCAUGAGAGGAGGCGAGUUGAAGAACUUCUUGGAGUCGAUGGGGAUCUCCACAGACGAUGUCUGGACUCCGUGCAUCUUGUUGGACACGGACCGCAGUGGAACCAUCGAUCUGGAAGAGUUCGUGACGGGGUGCAUGCAGCUCCAUGGCCCUGCCAAGAGCAUGCAGCUGGCCCAAAUGCGCUUCGAAAAUAGGGGUUCCAGACGGAUCUUGAAACAGCUGCAACAGGAUGUUCACGUUAUGAAGAGCCUCAUGAAUGCGAACACCGCCACGGAGCAUUUCUAG